GUUCAUUUUUUCUUUCCUGCUUGAUGAACUUACCAUAUAAUAUACCCUCUGGGAAAUAUACCCUCUGGAAAAUGCGAAGCUAAAUUAACUUCAGACAGAGUACCAACGACGCAUAACAUGUUUCCCCCGCAAUAAUGAAAUAAAAGAUCAGAUUAUCAAGAAGUAAUUUGUGGUGAUCGUUUCAAACUUUGGGAAAACAAUGGAGAAUGCUUACGCUAGAUCGGUCAGCGAGGUUUUGGAGUUCUUUGGCGUGGAUCCGGCAAGAGGCUUGACAGAUUCGCAGGUCGCGAAUCAUGGUAGAUUGUAUGGGAAAAACGCUGAAUCAGUGGCUAUUCGGUUCAGAUUCCACAACCGGAUAAUUUUAAUGGACAUUUUGGUAAAACAUCGUAUGAAAUGUUGUGGAGAACCGAAGGGUACUCCUUUUUGGAGAUUGGUGUUGAAGCAGUUUGAUGAUUUACUCGUAAAGAUAUUAAUUGCUGCUGCUAUGGUCUCCUUCUUUUUGGCUUUGGCCAAUGGAGAGACAGGCCUUUCUGCCUUCGUGGAGCCUUCAGUUAUCCUCAUGAUACUAGCUGCAAAUGCAGCUGUUGGAGUAAUCACAGAAACAAAUGCGGAGAAGGCCCUCGAGGAAUUACGUGCAUACCAAGCUGAUGUUGCAACUGUCCUGCGAAAUGGUUCUUUUUCAAUCUUACCAGCAACUGACCUUGUCCCUGGAGAUAUUGUGGAAGUCAGUGUCGGUUGCAAGGUUCCAGCAGAUAUGAGGAUGAUAGAUAUGCUGAGCGAUCAAUUACGUGUUGAUCAGGCUAUUCUUACCGGUGAGAGCUGUUCUGUGGAAAAAGAACUGGAUGCCACUAAUGUUACAAAUGCAGUAUACCAGGACAAGACAAACAUUCUUUUCUCGGGAACAGUCGUGGUUUCUGGAAGGGCAAGAGCAGUUGUUGUUGGUGUUGGCUCCAAUACUGCAAUGGGAAGCAUACGCGACUCCAUGCUGAAUACAGAAGAUGAAGUGACACCACUAAAGAAGAAGCUGGACGAAUUCGGUACUUUCUUGGCUAAGGUCAUUGCUGGAAUUUGCAUUUUGGUUUGGGUUGUUAACAUUGGUCACUUUCGGGAUCCCACGCAUGGUGGCUUCUUGCAAGGUGCAAUACAUUACUUCAAGAUUGCAGUUGCUCUUGCUGUUGCAGCCAUCCCUGAAGGGCUACCUGCUGUGGUUACAACCCGGUUGGUUGAAAUGGCGUCAGGCGUCGGCGUUCUCUGUGAUAAGAGGGUGCCACAAAGGCUAAAAGGUAAGUUUUAUAGGACGGCGAUUCGCACGGCGAUGCUAUACGGUGCUGAAUGUUGGCCUACAAAAAGGCAACAUGUCCAACAACUAAGUGUAGCAGAGAUGCGUAUGUUGCGUUGGUUCUGCGGGCACACGAUAAGGGAUAGAAUCCAGAAUGAGGAUAUUCGAGAUAGGGUCGGGGUGGCUCCAAUUGAGGAGAAAUUGGUUCAACAUCGGCUGAGGUGGUUCGGACAUGUCCAACGGAGGCCUCCUGAUGCACCGGUGCGUAGGGGAGUUCUUCAGCGGGUCGAGGAUGUUAAGAGAGGUAGAGGUCGGCCUAAAUUCACUUGGGAAGAGUCGGUUAAGAGAGACCUUAAAGAUUGGAAUAUCUCCAAGGAUUUAGCGGUGGAUAAGAGCGCUUGGAGGCUCGCUAUCAACGUGCCAGAACCGUGUCUAGCUCUUGGAACGAAAAGGAUGGCUCGUUUAAAUGCCAUAGUUAGAUCUUUGCCAUCAGUUGAGACCUUAGGCUGCACUACGGUGAUAUGCAGUGACAAGACUGGUACACUGACCACCAAUAUGAUGUCCAUCUCGAAGGUAUCUGUUCUUCAUUCUGCGUAUGAUAUUCCUGUUGUAGCUGAAUAUAGUGUCAGUGGCACCACAUAUGCUCCUGAAGGUACAAUCUUUGACAAUACUGCAGAUGUGCAGCUCGAUGUUCCAGCGAAUUUUCAGUGCCUUCUACAUACUGCAAUGUGCUCAGCUCUUUGUAACGAGUCUGUUAUUCAGUACAACCCUGAGAAGAGAAGUUAUGAAAAGAUUGGUGAGUCGACCGAAGUAGCGCUCCGUGUACUGGCAGAAAAGAUUGGGCUUCCUGGUUUUGAUUCUAUGCCUUCGGCUCUUAAUAUGUUGUCCAAGCAUGAAAGGGCGUCAUACUGUAAUCGGUAUUGGGAGGACCAAUUCAAAAAGGUCUCAGUGUUGGAGUUCACUCGUGAUCGAAAGAUGAUGAGUGUACUUUGUAACCGGAAACAGGUACAAAUUAUGUUCUCAAAAGGUGCUCCAGAGAGCAUUCUUCCUCGAUGCACAAAUAUUAUGUGCAAUAAUGAUGGUUCAACUGUUCGUCUAACGCCAGAAAUCAGAUCUGAGAUAGAUUCUAAAUUCCACAGUUUUGCAGGAAAAGAAACUUUAAGAUGCUUGGCUUUAGCCUUGAAAAGGAUGCCACUUGGAAAGCAGGCUCUAUCCUACGAUGACGAGAAAGAUCUUACAUUUAUUGGGUUGUUAACGCCGCAUCUAUUCAAUAAUGUAAAGGUUGGGAUGCUUGAUCCACCGAGGGAGGAAGUAAGAAAUGCUAUUCUUUCUUGUAUGACUGCCGGGAUACGUGUCAUAGUUGUUACUGGAGAUAACAAGAUCACUGCAGAAUCAUUGUGCAAAAGAAUUGGUGCCUUUGAUCACAUGGAUGAUUUUGUCGGGCUUUCUUAUACUGCCUCGGAAUUCGAGAACCUUCCUGCAUUGCAGAAGACAAUUGCAUUGCAGCGGAUGUCAAUUUUCACACGGGUGGAACCAUCUCACAAGAGGAUGCUUGUUGAAGCAUUACAGCAUCAAAAUGAAGUGGUUGCAAUGACUGGAGAUGGAGUCAAUGAUGCACCUGCUCUCAAGAAAGCAGACAUUGGAAUUGCCAUGGGAUCUGGAACUGCAGUGUCAAAGAGUGCUUCAGAUAUGGUUUUGGCUGAUGAUAAUUUUGCCACAAUAGUUGCUGCUGUUGCUGAGGGAAGGGCUAUUUACAACAACACUAAGCAGUUCAUUAGAUACAUGAUCUCUUCCAAUAUUGGUGAAGUAGUUUGCAUCUUUGUGGCUGCACUGCUCGGCAUUCCUGACACACUUGUGCCUGUUCAGUUGCUUUGGGUGAAUUUGGUAACAGAUGGCUUACCUGCAACUGCGAUUGGCUUCAAUAAACAAGAUUCUGAUGUUAUGAAGGCCAAACCUCGCAAGCUCAUGAGCUCUCCUUUUGUGCUGACUAACAAAGUUGUUUCAUCAUUUGUCACACAUGACUGCCAGGUCAAUGAAGCUGUUGUCACUGGAUGGCUGUUCUUUCGUUAUUUGGUAAUUGGAGUUUACGUUGGACUUGCUACUAUUGCUGGAUUUGUGUGGUGGUUUCUAUAUUCUGACAAUGGGCCUAAACUGCCGUACACUGAACUGAUGAAUUUCGACAGUUGCUCAACGAGGGAAACAACUUAUUCUUGUGCUGUUUUCAGUGAUCGUCAUCCAUCAACUGUUUCAAUGACUGUACUUGUUGUUGUUGAGAUGUUCAACGCACUGAACAACCUCAGUGAAAAUCAAUCACUCAUAGUCAUCCCUCCCUGGAGUAAUUUGUGGCUUCUUGGGUCGAUUGCCCUUACAAUGAUGCUUCAUGUACUCAUCCUAUAUGUGGAACCACUCUCUCUUCUCUUCUCUGUGGCGCCACUAAGUUGGGCUGAAUGGACUGUUGUACUGUAUCUUUCUUUUCCAGUCGUAUUAGGUUUAACUUCAGAUUCCGGAGAGGAGAUUUACUGCCCAAAAGAGAAGUGCAUGACAGCUAAUAGAGAAGAGGAAAUUUUUGUAUUAACUGAUACGAACGUUGGUUGCGAUUCACAGCUAAAAUAGGGGAAGUUAUGAAAGUCAUGUAGCAAUAGCACUGCAGGAUAGCCAUACUGCAUGAAUCGUGUAUUUUAAAACGUUCUCAUGAAAAUAUCACGUUUUGGAUAGACAAAGUUGUAAAAUGCAACUCAAGUGAAUGAGACAGUGCCAAAAGCAAGCGUGACUGCAAUUUUUAUAUCUGUGCAACUAAAGCUUAUUUCCCCUCAAAAAAAAAAAAAAAUUUGGAAAAGCCAUAAUACGAGUCGUACAUUCUUUUCUGUUCUUUUAUUUUGUUAACAUAUAGUUGAAUAUAAUAAAGAACUCAAUCAAGAGAGGGUCGUUCCACAUCAAGGGAGUUGUGAUGGUGAAAAUUAUACAUGAUGGGACUCUGAUUAAUUGUUUUUCAUUUUUCAUUAAACAAGAAUGAUGUGCAGGCCAGUUCCUAUCAGACAUGGUGAGAAUUGAUCGAACAUCCUCUAUGAGUUGACAACAGAAUGGAUGCUGAAAAAUCACGUUUCAGCAGAAUUGAUAGCUACAUUGUCAUUUAUGGUAGCUGCAACAUUUUCGUAUUGUAUAUCAUCCUCGGCUGUUUUCAAUCU